CAUAAGCUCGCAUAUAUGCAUUGUAUCCAUUUAUGCAUAGCUACCUCCCACCUUCUGCCUACGUCAGUGGAACAAAUGGGAUUUGCCUACUACUUUUCGUCUCCGACGGUGCUCUUCUUGCUGCCACGUUUCGUAACAUCUUCGUCUUCAUCCGAGACGGACGGAAUGCCUCGAGAUGGCGACCGGAUCCUCCACCGCGAGAAAUGGCUUUUUCCAAGAGCUGAAACCACGAUGCAUCGCUAUCAACAACUUGGCUGUUCGUUCUCCGGACAAGCGAGCUGCUGCUAAGGACCUAAUCGAUGUGGUCGGCGACCUCUCUGCGGUCUUAGACCGGCAGGUAUCUUCCAAUGCUUCGGUUCUGGACGAAAAGCUUGCCGAAUACAUAUUCUUCCCGCUUUCCAACAUCCUGAGAAACCAGCAACAUUAUCCUAUCCGACUAACCGAGCUCACCAUUAAGUGUCUACGCAUAUUGAUCGAGCACGGCUGGAAGGCCAAGAUCCAGAAUGAUCUGUCUCAGCAGCUUCUCAUUUUUCUCACCUUCGUCAUCGGCGGUGUCCCGGGCCAGGAGAGGAGAGACCUGAUUCCCGAAGAAACGGAACUGGAGACAUUCAAGGCCUUGGCGUCCUUGGUCAAAGCGGUUGGCUCUUCGCCUACCGGUGCAGUGGCGUUGGUAGACGCUAAUGCGAUCCCUACGUUGGGCCAUGCCAUCAGUCUCGUACUAGAUGGUAUCACAGAUGGUAGGACGUCCGAGAUACAGCUCGAAGCACUCACGACGUUGAACGCACUCCUGGUUGCCAUUCGGGACCAGGCGGCCUUGGCGACCUUUUUGCCUGGGAUGGUGUCGUCUCUAAGUAAACUGCUUACGCCUCCUGCGGCACUGAAAACGCAGAAAAGAGUAUUGAUUGGUGGUAUCAACACGCUUAAGAGCGUGCUCACUAAGGUCAUAGGAGACUUGAAGGUAACAGCAAUACUGAUGGCAAAAGCCGCGCAUGACGGCAACAAUGCCGCAGAGGGAAGAGUUCUUACCUCCCCGUGGCUGAGGGCGACAGUGGCUAAGACAAAACUUGCUCUUGCUGGUGUGCUAAAGCUGCGCAACAUUGAUUCUGAUGAUGUUCGGUAUGCCCUAGAGAGGCUAUGCGUCACUCUUCUAGACGAAUGUCACCAAUCCCUAGCUGAUUGUGCGCCUAUACUUGUCGAGUCUGCCAUGAUCCUGACCGACGAUAAAGCCGAGAAGUCUUUACUCGAAACGAGCUUAAUCGAUCUGGCUACGAUCUACCCAGAACUUGGGGAUACUAUUAAGACUACAGUAUACAACUGGGUCACCAGUCUCCCCCGGUUGGUACAGUCUAGCGACGAUAGGAUAAAGCAGCAGGCAAUUCGAAACCUGAUGAAGGGACAGCAAUUCAUUGCCACUCUUCAUAUUGAUUCGUCCAUCCUAAAUGAUUCGUUGGCUGCGUCUCUCAGAGAUAGUGCCGCCGUACUCAUCCUAAUGUCAAAACCAGGCGGCAUGUCGGAACUCCCUCUAAACGCGGUCGAGUUGAGGAUGGACGCGGCUAGAACUGACGGUCCUGGCGCCUUCCCACCUGUUCUGUUCGCGCAGAAAGCGGAGAGGCCGACACGGAACGCGCUUCUCAGCUUGUUGUCGAGGGCUGGCUCGGUUCCUCAACGGGUCAAAUUGGCGAACGACCUACUUGGCUACAUCCGAGAAUCGACCGGCCCCAGCCAGGUUGCGUCGUAUUGGUUGACGCUAGAGCUGGUCAAGUCGAGUUUAUCACAAUCCUCGGAAUCUGAUGACUUGCUUGACUUGAGCUCAGCAGCUGACGCAUCCGACGACAGUAACUCUACUUUUCAGGAGUUAUACAGUUUCUCAGUCGCCGUCCUAGAUUUGCAAGCCGAUGCCGAAGAAGUCGAUUGGCGCCUACAAGCUCUGGCCUUAGAAGCUGCGACUUAUGCAGCAUCGAGGAUGAAGGAAGACUUCCGCCCCGAACUCAUCGAUGUGUUAUACCCGAUCGCGACGUUCCUCAGUUCCGAAAUUCCCCAGUUACGGGACCAUGCUAUCAUAGCACUUAAUAACAUCGCCGCUUCGUGCGGUUACUCCAAUGUUACAGAGCUGAUCAUUGACAAUGUGGAUUACAUGGUCAAUUCGGUAUCCCUGCGUUUGAACACAUUUGAUAUAUCGCCGGCGUCCACCCAGGUAUUACGUAUGAUGAUUAGACUAACCGGUCCGAGAUUGAUACCAUACCUCGACGAUGUGAUCGCGUCAAUCUUCGCUGCUCUGGAUAAUUAUCACGGAUACCCCCUAUUCGUGGAGAACCUGUUCGGCGUCCUCACAGAAGUCGUACACCAAGGGUCGCAGUCUGACAGCCUACUCCUCGAAGCAGCGAAGUCGUCGGCAAAAGACCAUACGAAGAAUGGCCAAUCCGAAGUUACCGUCGAUGAAAUCCGUGACGUGCUCCUUGGCCGUGUAGAAAGGCGAGAAAGGCGACAGUUAGAAGACCUUGGCAAUGAAGAAAUUGCUCAUCCGAGACGCCCUUGGAAGGAUGUAAAGCCAGUCGAGGCUCUAGAAGAGACGAAUGGAGAGAAUGAGGAGCCUGGAACCGAAGUUGAGAAGCCGCCGCCGCCCAAGACACCAACCUUCAAGAUACUCGCUCGUAUCACUGACCUUACGCAACACUACUUGACUUCUCCAACGCCUGCGCUGCGGAAGUCGCUCCUCGACCUCUUAGCUACCGUUUGCCCAGCCCUUUCGCCUGAUGAGGACGCCUUCUUACCAUUGGUGAACUCAGUCUGGCCAGUUCUCAUCGAGAGACUAUACGACCCAGAACCGUUCGUAGUCACUUCGGCUUGCAAGGCCUUGGCAAUAUUAUGCCAGAGCGCCGGGGACUUCCUUAACACGAGGAUCAAGACCGAAUGGUGGGAUAGCCUCGGCAAGUGGUGUAGGAAAGCGAAAGCAGAGGCCACCCAGACGAGUAACAAAGCGAAAACACACGAUAGACGAACACGUGGUGAGCGGCAUAAUUACGAUAUCCUAAUACCCCGGGACGGAUUUGGGGGUCAAGAGUCGAGCAAGGCGGCGGUAGCCGUCUCGACAGCAGCAGGGCUGGGCAAGUUUGCUCAAGCGGCACAGAUUUGGGAAGCCGUGCAGGAACUCUUGGUUGCGAUAUUGUCCUUCGUCCAAGUCGAUGAUGCCAUAUUUGACCAGAUCCUCAUGCUGCUACAGGACACCCUUGCCGUGAAGCCGGCGGCCAGAACCGCACUCGAGGCGGUUGACCCCGACGCCGUGUGGUUGGCGAUGUAUGAACAAGGGAUGGUGGAGCCAAUCCCUAAGCCGGUCCUGGCCGGGACAACUUUCGUGGACGUAUGGGACGACUAAAUGGCGUGUCUACGUUCCCGAACACGCCUAGACUGGUAUAUGUGACC